AGCGGCGCCGUGCGCACCUGCACGUGCCCGCCUGGCGCCAUGCAGCCGCGGAAGCCGCCCCACGCGGCGACCGAGAGGGGCACGGGCCGCGGGCCGAGGCGGCCGCCGUCGCGGACGCCGCCUGGUUCGAGACCUGGGUGACCUCGUGGGCGGACAGGAUGUGCCACGCCCUCGGGGAGGAGAGGGGCAACCUCGGCGGGGUGCAGCCGCUGAGCGCGCGCGGAGUGGCCAUGCCGUUGUCCGCGCGGGGCGCGGGCUCCAACGCCGCGCCGGGUUUCCACACCAGUGGCGUCGCGAUGCCGCUGUCCGCCAGGGGCCCUUCGCGGGACCACCAGCAGGCGGCCGGGCGCCAGGCCGCGGGCGCGCUGGGGGCCGUCUUCGAGGCGCCGCUGCUGCCGGAGAAGCAGCAGCACCGCGGCGGCCGGCGGCGAAGGCAGCGCGCCCCGCUGCGCCAGCAGCGGCCGUGGGAGAGG